AUGCCUGCAAAGUCACAAGCCCAGGUUCUCCUCGAGAAGGCGGACAAGAAGGCAAACUCGCCCGGGGGAUGGUUCGCAUCGUCAACAACCAAAUUCGAGGAGGCUGGUGACCUCUACCAACAAGCGGCCAACUCUUUCAAGAUCGACAAGUUAUUCAAGGAGGCUGGAGAUGCGCAUGCGCGCGAAGCUGAAUGUCGUGAGAAGUCCAAGGAGUCCAGCGAGGCUGCGAACGCUUGGUGGAAUGCGGCGAAGGCAUACAAGAGAGGAUAUCCUGAUUUGGCCGUUCAGGCACUAACGCAAACGAUAGUACACUUGACUCAAGGUGGACGCUUCAGGCAAGCGGCUGAUCGCGAGAAAGAAAUUGGCCAAAUCUACCUGCAGGAAUCCAAUGAUCUCCGCAAGGCAUGCGACUCCUUUGAGCGGGCUGGUGAUUGGUAUGCGCAGGAGGACGCAACUGCUACGGCCAAUGCGUGCUACAAGGAUGCCGCUGAUCUUCACGCCGACUUGAAUGAGUAUCAGCAGGCGAUUGCUCGUUACGAGCUCGUUGCAGACCAUUCGUUAGGGUCAGCAUUGACAAAGUACAGUGUCAAGGAGUAUUGGCUCCGAGCAGGACUGUGUGCGUUGGCGAUGGGAGAUCCUAUUGCUGCCAAACGCAACAUGGCAAAGUACACCUCGCAAGAUACCACGUUCGCCUCGACCCGCGAGGCCAAGUUCAUCAACAUCUUGAUCGAAGCAGUCGAAGCAGGUGAUCAGGAGAUGUUCACUGGCGCCGUGGUCGAAUUCGACCAAGUCACGAAACUCGACAAUUGGAAGACUGGCAUGCUGUUGAAAAUCAAGCGGGGCAUCCAGGAUGAACCGGCUCUCCUUUGA